CGCUACUGCAGGAUAAAAGUAAUUCGGAACAACAACAAUCAAAAUUAAGUCCGCUGAAAGCAAACAUUAGUCAUUUGCCCAGAAUAAAUGAAGUCGAACUAACACUCGAUCCCGACAAAGUCAAUCCUGAUGAUGAUGAGGAUAAUCACGAAUAUGAUACACAUUUUGGGCAACAUCAAUUGAUAAAUAGCAGCACUUUGGAUAACUCAUUAACUUUGUCAACAUGUUGUUCUUCCUCCUCGUCCUCCACCCCGGCCACCUCUUUGUCACCACAAUCAUCAGUGAUUAUCACCGACAAGCCAUCAAAUUCAAGUAAACAUUUUGAUAAUACAAUCAAAUUGUUGGGCAAACAUUUGGAUACAAAGUCUCAACGUGCUGCCGAUAAAUUUCCCCAAUUGCAUGUUUCACUAAAUGGAAAUGAUUGUGAUAGUUUGACUAGUAAUUGUUCCUCAACAUCGAUGUCGGCCAUUGUAAAUGGUCUGGUACCGCCACCCACACGUCUGGAACUGGAACUAGAGGCUGUCGAUCGAAUGCGUUGCAUUGUCAAGCAAAUGAAAACGACACCAAAAUCCACAGAUCCACCACUUAUAAUAUCGGCUCCAUUGCUAUCUCUGCUCCAUGAUUUCGCCUCGUUGGGGGAACAAAAGAAUAAAUUGCAAAGCAGUAGUAUUCCCUCUACACCGGCCUCAACUCCCAUUGGUGGACUGAAUGGUGAAAUGAUGGAGCAGGAGCAGAAUGCUCCACCUAAUUUUGAGUUACCUGCUGAAUUGCUGCAAGCAACAAACUCUUGGGACCUCAUGUAUUAUGCAUCCAAGAAUGUUGAUGGCAAAAAUUGUCUAAAAGUUGUACGCAGUCUUCUGAGUAACACAGUUCUAUGCGGUAACCGUGUUAGCCAGAUGACUCGGGCAUACGAUGAUAUUGAAGCCGUUACGCGUUUAUUGGAAGAGAAAGAGAAAGAUUUGGAGCUAACCGUACAGAUUGGUCAGGAUCUAUUAAAACAGAAUAAUGCACUGGAGCUGCGUGUUAGUCAUCUGGAAGCAGAGCUUAAGGAAUCCAACGAUGAUCGAUCCCAAUUGGUGCAUGAGUUGCAUAAAAAGAAUGAACUUAUUUCGGUGCUAACAGAUGAUGCGGAUGAUGGAACAGAUGCGGACACUCCCACCAUGUCCAAAUCGGUAACAUUGGAUCUGCUGCAAAAGAAGGUGAAUUCAUUAUUGGAUGAGAAUAAAACCCUUAAGCAUGAGGCCACACAAUUGGCCCAUCAAACGGACGAGGUGGAGGAGCAUGAACGUAAAUUGAUGGCCGAUAUUGGGGCCCAAUUGAAUGACGCCAAUUCGCAGUAUGAUAAUUUAAGUUUAGAUUUAGAGCGGCAAAUGGAGGAGAAUCGUUUGCAGCAUGAGCAAAUUGUUAAUCUAACGGCCCGUCUGCGGGAGGCUGAGAUGCGUUUGCAUCAAUUAACGGAGGACAAUGAAGGGCAUUUGUCCAUGCUGCACAUCACCAAGGAGACACAAAAUGCAUUGGCAUUGGAAUUGGUGGAGUUUAAGCAACGCUAUGAAGAAGUCUUGGCCCUGCUUCACUCAGCUCAAGAUCAAUUGAAGCAACAGCGAAAGCGUAGUCAACCACAAGUUAGAAGUUCAUUCAUGGGAGGAUUGGGUACAAGUAUGGCUGGCCCUGGCAUGGGCGGUGCUAUGAUGCAGCUGCAGCCUGAUUCCCUGCAAUGUGAAUUGAUGCAAUCGUCAAUGUACUCGGAGAAUAGUCUGGAUUCGGGCAUCAGUGGUGAUAGCCAACGAUCGGCAGAUCGUAUAGGACGCAUGAUGAUGCAGUUGCAAGGCGGUGGAGCAAUGGGUGGCACCACCAGUAGUAUUUAUGCUGGCUCUGGCAUUGUUCCUCCCUAUAAACGUGUCUUUGAUACGGUGCGUUGUGCCAGCAAGAGUGGCAACUAUAUGGAUAGUGGCAAUGUGUCCAUGACGCAAUUGGGUGCCAUGUCAAUGAGUAGUUCAUCGGGACCACGCAUGGCAUCAAUGGCAUAUCCGGCUGGCUCUUAUUAUCGCGGCAGUAGUGGAGGCGGUGGCGGCAGUCUUGGUGUGAAAACUCUAUCCAAUGAGAGUUUGAAUUCACAAUCCGAUGAUGGUUAUCCAGCACAACCGUCGGGUGUACCCGGUGCUCCAGGAGCCAAAGAAUUGGAAGCAGCUCUAAAGCGUCUAACGCCUGCUGAAGUUUUGGCACGUCGAGCUAUGCUCUCCUAUGCUCCGGCUGGCACUUAUAACUAUGAUGAGCCCCUGGCUCAAGGUGGAGCAGGAGCAGGAGCUCCUCCAAUGGGUGUGCGUACACCUGAUAGCAUUAUGUCUACUGGUUCCUCUGGCAUGUCUGCUGGAUCUUCACUAAAUCACAUGUCCGCCUCAAUGACUUCAUCGCAACAGCAGCAGCAACAUCAUUCGUGGCGUCUUCCAGAAAAAUUGCAAAUUGUCAAACCCAUGGAAGGCUCCCAGACCCUGCAUCAUUGGUCCCGUUUGGCAACACCCACACUAAGUGGCCUUUUAGAUGAACGUCCCGGUGUCACCAUACGCGGUGGACGCGGUCUCGAUGAACUGGGCAUGCAAUUCUAUACGCUCUCCGAUGUCGAGGAGGAUAUCAAUGAGGAUCUGUUGCCAUGCAAACAGUUUGAGGCCCCAGGCGGUUGCACCACAUAUACCUAUACCACCAGCAUGGUAAUGCAUCCCGAUGAUGGUUUUGUCAAUGAUCUGUCAUUCUUGUCCCAAUCACAAAUGUCCUCGCGCAUGGCUUCCACAUCGACAUCAAGACAACCAAGUGCUCCAGCUACGCCUCGUGCGGGACUGUCACGCAAGAAUUCCUGCUCUACAUUCUCGGUCAAUUUGGGCUUGGCUGGUAUGCUAAAUGAGCGUGGCAUCAAGGCAGUUACACCCAGUGCCCUGAAUACGCCCGCUGGACCCAAUUAUUCGCCCACUGUUACGCCCUGCAAUAGUCCCGAAGGUUCUCCACCGCGUGGACAAUCACCAGAACCUCUAUUUGGUUUGCUCUCAUCGGGGGCCGAUCUUAUACGACGCAAACUGGUGGGCAGUGAUCAUCAUCAUCAUCAGCAGCAGCAGCACCAUCAGGCGCGAAGCAGCCUAAGCAAGCAACAACAACAAAAGGUGAUGCUCUCCCAUUUAGAGAGACGAGCAUUGAGAUCAUUGAAUCUUAUCGAGAAAGUAGAGAGCAUUGGACUGGAGAACAUAAUCAGCGCACAGCGUGGUGGCCGUGGCAUGGGCAUAGCGAAUCGCAGUAGUUCCCCAUUGAGCCAAUGUGGCAGUGCUAGUGGAAGCAGCAUAACCAGUGGCGGUGGCAGUAGCCUCCAAAGUUUGCAUACGAGCAGUAAAAGCAUUGUGGAUGAUAUACACUUUGAUCGUGCACAAAUUAAAGGUGUCUUGCAUCGUGGUCUAAAGUCACCCACUCCUGCAUCAGCUAGCCAACCACCAGCAGCCACAACGGCAAGCAGCAGCACUAGCGCCUACAAUAGUGAUGAUAGUGAUGAUCAGGGUUUAAUGAUGAAGCCAACCGCCAAAUCGACACCAACAACAACAACAUCAACAACAACGAAAAACCCCGCACAAAAUGGUAGUCAAGUGGGAGGAGGAGCAACGUCAUCGGCCAGUGAGACACGAGUAAAGCAAAUGCAGAGACAAAAAUCCCGCAGACAUUUGAAAAAUGGCAUGGCUAAUCAGAGACCCGAUUUGGGUACCAUAGCUGGAGGAGGAGCAGCAGGAGGUAGUGGUGGAGGUCGUGUACGACCUGAUUUGGGCAAGGUAUCAACAGAUCACCCAACCGAUCGUCGUGAGGGGUCUACUACAAAAUCAUCAUCAGCAUCAUCAGAUCCAUCAGCAGAGUCAAUGGCGGCACCGCAAAGCAUUACACAAUCAUUUGUAGGUUCAGUUAGUUCCUUGUUGUUUGGUCGCAAGGGGGGUUGGUUGUAAAUUGCGCUCGGGUUAGGGAGAGGGAUGGGGACAACAGCAUAUUACUAUUAUAUAUACACAUAUAUAUAUAUAUAUUUUUUAAUUAA